GGCCUACAGUGCUCAAGUGCUCUGUUCCGUCAUGAGAUUGGCUACGUCCUGGGUCAGAUGCAGCACCCGGCAGCGGUCCCAGCUUUGUGCGCAGCUCUGGAACGUUCAGGCGAGAAUCCCAUGGUCCGACAUGAAGCGGCAGAGGCUCUGGGAGCAAUUGGUGAUCCUAUGGUUCUGGACUUACUGAAAGAGUACAGUCAGGAUCCUGUGAUAGAGGUUGCAGAGACGUGUGAGUUGGCUGUUCGUCGGUUGGAGUGGCUGCAGAGUGAAGGAGAGAAACAGUUGGACAGUGAAAACAUAGAUAAGAACCCCUACUGCUCUGUAGACCCAGCCCCUCCAGCAGCAAGGAAGUCUGUAUCAGAGCUGCGCUCCAGCCUGUUGGAUGAGAGUCUGCCACUCUUUGAACGCUAUCGUGCGAUGUUUGCCCUGCGUAACCUGGGCAACGAAGAGGCUGUGCUGGCACUUGGAGACGUGAACUUCCAUUACAGUUAA